AUGAUUUUAGAUGCAGAUCUACUUGGUCCAAUGGUAACUUCUCUUCAAACAUAUUAUCAAGGUUAUAUUAUUGGUUGGGAUAUCACAAUUGAAGAUGAUAAUGGCUUCAACAAUGGAUAUGUUAAAAUCAGUUCGAAUUAUUUUGGUAGAAUAUCUAAUUCAGGUUUCGGUGAUGUAAAAUAUCCACUCCAUCUAAGUGAAGGUAACAAGUAUGUUGGUAUCUACAAAAUCAGAAUAUCAAUACCUCAUAACGUUGCAGAAAACUAUACUCUAUCAUUGUAUGCUAUGGACAAUGGUGGAAAUAUUGCAACUUCAUUUGUUGAAAGAGAAAUUCCAGAAUAUGCCAAAGGUAAACAAAUAUUCGUCUAUGCCGAUCCAUUUAUGAAAAUUUAUGGCACACCUAUAGAAAGAAAUCUGACAAUCGUUACCGAUCCAGGGACCGAGACAGAAAGUGUACCUCCAAAACUGACAAGGUUUUCUGUCACAAAUCCAAUAAUUGAUGUUGGUGUCUUCAAUGUUUCUACUAAGAUAUUAUUUGAGAUUGCAGAUAAUACAAAUAUUGAUAAGGCUAAUCCUCCUACGGUGUAUAUUUCAUCGAUGUAUGAAGCCUUUGCCGAAUUCAAACCGGAAUUUAUAUCAAGCAACGUUACACAUGCCUCAUAUUCCUCUCCGAUCAUUCUUCCUUAUGGUUUUGGUACAGAUAAUCUUUUAUUUAUUUCAAUAUAUGGUAUAUCCGAUAUCUAUUAUAAUCUAGCCGGAUACACUCCAUUGGAUUUAUCAAGUGCCAAAUUUUCUUUUACUCUAUCAAGACAAUUUUCAAAGAGCUAUCCAUAUUUAGAAAGAUAUGAUCCUAUUUCAAGAGAUGGUGGACAAAUAACUAUAUAUGGAUAUCAAUUCGGUACCGAUAUAAAUCAAAUUUCUUUCAAUCUAGAACCGAUAACUGGAGAAGUGAAUAUGAAUCUAACAAACUCUGCAAUUAGAUCUUUGGGAAAUUCAUAUAUCAUUAUUGAUUUCCCAUCGUUUGGUAAAUUCGAUCAACUUCUACUGGUUUUAACGAAAUCGGCUACUUUCAGUUCAAAUACCUUUUCAAUAUAUCCUACUGAGCAAUUAGAUUUACCGAAUAUCACACCUCUUACACCAACACCUCACCCAGUUACACCUACUCCGAAACAAUGUCCAGGAAAUCCAAUAUGCUCAGGAAAAGGUGAUUGUAAAAACUCUGAAUGUAAAUGUUUUAAAAAUUUCUUUGGUCCAGAUUGUUCAUCACAGUUAAUUCCAACACCUCCACCAAAAGUAAAUCCCUCGACACCAGGUACAAAUACAACUGUUAUCAGUCCGAAUGAUAACACUUUGAUAUCAGAGUUAUCAAUUGAUUCUUUGAGAGAAUUGAAUGAUAUCGGAAAUGUUGUUGCAGAAUACAAGUUAUCGAACUAUUCAUGGAAUUUCGAGAAUAGAACAAAGAAAGAAGGUAAUAUUGAUUUCAUUGAAUAUCGAUAUUCAACAAUUAUCAAAAACACAACACUAUUCAACAUCACCAUUCAAUAUUUCUUAAAUGAAUACAACUAUUCUUAUGCCGGUGACACCUAUACAAUGUCGAAAUCCUCUCUAAAAUAUUCAAUCUCCAUGUCGACCUAUGAAUUCCAGACGAAUAUCAAUCAACUCCAAGUGAUAAUUUCUGCAACAUUGAUUGGAUCGAACGGUGAUUGUUCAUCGAAAUCAUUUGGAACCACAUCAACAACAUCGGAUGGUCAAGAUCAACAACAAUUACAAUGGAUCAAACUCAAAGUUGGAUAUGAAAGUCUUUAUGGUCGAUUCAUUGAGAAAGCAGUUAUCGAUGACGAAGUUAUGAUUGUGAUCAACAAAGUUCUUGACGACCAAUAUCAACCUAUUUCAACAACAUCAACAACACAAUCAUUCAUUGGAAUUAACAUUCCACAUUUCAAUCAAUAUGUUCUCAUCGAUCCUGAUUUUUCAAUACUUGUCGAUAAUUCACCUGCUUCCGACGAUCCAAAUUCUAAAUGCAAUAGUAAAUCGAAUGGUCUCAACAAAUAUCAGAUUGCAGGUAUUGCCAUUGGUGUUGUUGUUAUUGCCUUAUCGGUAGCAGGCGCCAUCAUAUACAUUACACUUAAAAACAAAAGACAGGCCAAAGCUAUGGCAAAUCUCAAUAUGAAAAUGCAGAAGUUACAAUCUGAUAAACUAUAA